AUGGACAAAUAUGAAGGUGCAGAAUAUCGGCUGCCGCCACUCGAUGCCAUUUGGGAUCCGGCAUUUAAAAAACCCUUCGUUUGUUAUUUCUUGCUGCUUCAAAUCGUGGGUUAUUUCAUCCGGAAGUAUGCAUGGAAAAGCUAUGUCGGCUUCAAGUCUGCAUUUUUGCGUGAUUUAUGGAUGGAGCGUAUCAUGACAAGAUCAUGCCUGCGUUAUCGGUUGUGUAAUUUAACAGUAUGUGUGAUACAUUCAAGCAUCAGCGGUGUAGGGUCGUUUGUGUUUUUCGUGACCCAUCAGCGAGUGAUGUUCGAGGAGACGAUUCACUGGUACAGUCCGCUAGCUGCCCAGCUCCCAAUUUUCUCCAUGGCCUAUUUCGUCUGCGAUGCAGUGGACAUGUUAAGGCACGAGAUUUCCAAAUGGACCGUCGAACUGCUAAUUCAUCACGCUGCCACAAUGUUUGCUUUCGGUUCAGCUGUUUUGCCUCAUAAAUUCAUUCCAUACGCUUACUGGGCUUUGCUGAUGGAAAUGAACAGGUAA